GCAGACAUUUUCUCUCCAGUGAAGAAAAGUUAAGCAAGCUUUCUUUCUGGAAGUCACAAUACCAAAAACAGUCUCCAGAUCCAGGUUUUGAUUGGUUUGUAGGACCAGAAAAUGUCACGAACAUCCUUCAACAUCACAUGCAGGAGCUCUGGUCUGUGCUCUGUGGUAGUAAUUCCAAACCAAGUUCUGAGAUAAAAUCCCAGUUUAUGUACUUAGAGCUUGGAUGUGGCACUUCUCUAGUACCCCAUGAUGUCAUCAAGACAGCAGACGUUCCUGUCAGUGCUGUGUUGUUGGAUUAUGUACAUGAAGCGCUUGCAUUCCAACGCCAGAAUUUUGACGUCAAUAAAAGAGGAGGGAAUCGUCAUGCUCUAACAGUGUGUGCAGAUGUUAUGUCAUUGCCACUCAAGUCUUGUUCUUUUCACCUUGCGGUGGACAAAGGUACCAUGGAUGCUUUGCUAAGGAACAGGCAACAUGGAAAAUCUAAUUCUCAAGCGAUGCUGUCAGAAGCUUUGAGAGUGCUCCAGAGAGGGGGGCGAUAUUUACAGAUAUCAGAUGAAGAUCCUGAUGUACGAAUAGAUUACCUUGAUAGUCUGUGGAAAUCUGUGUGGCCAAAAGUGUGUUAUUCGAACAGCAGCAACGCAGACUCUGCUAGUCGAAAUUUGAAAAAUUCUGUCGAUUCAACAGGUGAAAAGAAUACACAAGCAAACUCAUACCUGUGCGAAUCUAAUCUGGUGAGAAACUCGUCAUCAGGUGUGAAGAACUGUGUUAGUAGCGGAAACCUAUCCAGUGCUGAAAAUUCUGAGUUGUGUGAUAAAACCAGUCUUGUAGAUAGUAGUUGUCCUCUUGGCUCUUGGAGUUUUAAGGUUGUUCCUUCACAAUGGGGGCAAGAGUACUUUGUGUAUUGGCGAGAUAAAUGAAAUGCAGAAGUUUUAUACAUUUAUAUGAUAUUAUAUAAUAUAAUAUAUAUCGAAAUAAAUUGGAUUCAUUAACAU